UUCUCCUCUUGUUUUUCGGUUUUUCCACAAUAUAAAGAAGGAUCCCUUCUUCCUCUCCGGUCAACAUUUCAUUCCUCCUCGUUUUCCUUACGCAUUCUCUUCGUCCUCAACCCCCUAGCUACCCACCUUUCUCAUCUCUUCAACCAAAGAUGCCUGAAUCUAACUCUACCCCCAAGUCCACCUUCGAUUCCGUUAAAGAAUGGGUCUCUGAUCAUAAGCUUCGCACCGUUGGGUGUUUGUGGCUCAGCGGUAUUACGGGAUCUAUUGCGUACAAUUGGUCUAAGCCCAACAUGAAAACCAGUGUCAGAAUCAUUCACGCUAGGUUGCAUGCACAGGCUUUUACCCUUGCUGCUUUAGCUGGAGCAGCUGUGGUGGAGUACUAUGACCACAAGACGGAGAAAACUGACCGCUAUGCCAAGUUUCUGGGCGUAGAUAAGUGAACAUACAGUUUUUCUCAUGUGUACCGCCUUUCUGAACCAGUCAGGGAGCUCAUAUAUUACCCAGUUAUGAACUCUUAGAAGCCUAAUCCUUUUGUAGCUUUUGAGUUGAAUCAGUUCCUGAUCUCAUUUCUUUAAAAGCAUUUAAUCACUGUAUUUUUUAUUUUUUAUUUUUUAUUUUUGCAUGUUAGUGUACACGAUUAGUGCAACAGGUUUACAAUGUUGACAAAUUGGAAUAAAACACUUCUCUCUUCAAAUUAUCCGUGUAGAUUUCAUGAAGUGAUGAUACAGCCAGUUUCAAACUCUUUCAUUUAGGGUUGUUUGGUGACUAGCUAAU